CGACGCCGUUUUUCACGCACGAUUAAGGGACGGUUGUCAUCAUGGCUGUUGCUGAUUAUAAGAGGUAUCUUGCUGAGAAUGUUCUCAAUGAGCGACGCACGGUCACCUACCGGUCCUUAGGUCGAGCCCUUCGGGUUCAUAGUACUUUGGCCAAGCAGAUGCUCUUUGAUUUCCACCGCAACGAAAACAACAAGAAGCAAAACAGCGUCAAUGCGACUUACAUUAUCACGGGGAUUCAGAAAGCGCCCGAGACCCCUUCCACAACGAAUGGCCUUCAGGACAGCUUCGAUGGCAUUCCCCAGAGCAGCCCGUACAUCAGCAGUUCGAUGCCAAACCAGGAUGUCGCUAGGGAUGAGAUCGCCACGUCCUCGGUUGUGCUUGUACGAGAGGAAGACUUGGAGGAUGCCAAGGCGACUUUCCAGUCAACCUCCUCGAUAUACGUCUACAGCCUUCAGCCAACAGUGCUUCAGGAUCUCAACGUCUUGACAGAUGUUGCGGGAGAGAUGAUCGCCAAGCAUGCUCAGGAGGAUCCCUUAGAAUACGGCAAGACCUGGGGCAUGAUCCAGGGCAACAAUGUCCGGAGAAGAACCGGCGGCCGCCCUCCCGUACCAGCUCCCGCUCAGGCUCCGGCUCUUCCUAAGGCGACUAUUCCAGCUAAGCGUCCUGUUAAGGAAGAAGAAAUAACACAACCCAAGAAAGAACCUGAAGACAAGGCCCCGAAGACGGAGACAACGGCGAAACGCGAGGAACCUCCAGCGUCUAAGCCAACUGAGAAGACAGCUCCUCCAAAGCAAAAGGGCAGUAUAUUUAGCUCUUUUGCAAAAGCCAAACCGAAGCAGAAGAAGGAAGAAUCAGAGACGCCGGCUACUUCGGCUGCCGAAUCGGCCGAGCCCAGUGCUGCUGAAGAUGUGGUUCUAGACGACGCAUCAGAUGGGGAUGAGGAGCCCGAGGAGCUCUUCCGAGACUCAGGGAAGUCCGCAUCCGCCGGUACACGUGAGUCGCGGAAAGAGCGUGAAGAGAGGCUCAGAAAGAUGAUGGAAGAUGAUGACGAAGACGAAGACGAAGAAAUGCCCGAUGCUGCACCGUCACCGGAAGAGUCUAAACCUAUCGACGAGCCGCCACCGAAACAGGCUGAACUCAAGGAAGAAGUUACGGUGAAGGGCGGUCGUCGCAGGGGCAGACGCCAAGUCAUGAAGAAGAAGACAGUCAAGGACGAUGAGGGCUAUCUUGUGACUGUUGAGGAACCAAGCUGGGAGUCAUUCUCAGAGGACGAGCCAGCACCGCCUCCCAAGAAGAAGCCCGCUGUGAGUGCGCCCAAGGGCAAACCAGCAGCGAAACCGGGACAGGGUAGCAUCAUGUCCUUCUUCUCGAAGAAGUGAACAGCUCGUGGAUAACCGGAUGUUUUCAAAACGCGUCAUUUCCGAGGCUGUUCUCUGCUUCUUGUGCUCAUAUACCAUGUCCAGGGGUUGUGACCGAUAUACGCUGGUUGACAAGUGCACUUCAGUUACCCAGGAAGUCAUUGAAAUUAAGCAGCGCAAUGAAUGGUCCAGCCCUGGCAUCUCCGCGUCAACCCAGACUAGGCUCACACCCAGUAUACCCUUCUUUGGUACGAUGCCGUGGACUGUUUAUUACAUGUCAUCAAUAUCUGGUCUGCCAUUUCUCCUUAUCCCAAUGCCUACACGGUUCAAGCAUACAGCGCUGCAUCUAUGCUAUAUAGCUUCAUUGUUUUUGUUUGACACGCCGAGCAUUUCAACCCACGUAAUACGCCCAAUUCAUG